AUGCGGGAUGAGGUGUCUCUGGGCCAGCGCGGCACCGCACACGCCGGCUCCGAUGGGGAAACUCUGGGCCAGCGCGGCACCGCACACACCGGCUCCGAUGGGGAAAAGCCUUUGGCUCGGGAGUCCGACUUUGAUUUUCUGACCAUGAAAUGCAGAAGUUCUUGCUGUGCCCUUGGCCAAGGAGCCCUCGUUGUUGCUUUUGUCGCUCAGGCUGAGGGAGUCAAAGCGGAACCUUUUGAAAACCACUCAGCCCUGGAAAUAGCAGAACAGCUGACGCUGCUGGACCACCUCGUCUUCAAGAAGAUCCCCUAUGAAGAGUUCUUUGGGCAAGGCUGGAUGAAGCUUGAGAAGAACGAAAGGACUCCUUACAUCAUGAAGAACACAAAACACUUCAAUGAUGUCAGUAACUUGAUAGCAUCCGAGAUCCUCCGGAACGAGGAGAUCAACGCGCGGGUGAGCUCCAUCGAGAAGUGGGUGGCGGUGGCGGACAUCUGCAGGUGCCUCCACAACUACAACGCCGUGCUGGAGAUCACCUCCUCCCUCAACCGCAGUGCCAUCUUCCGCCUGAAGAAAACCUGGCUCAAGGUCUCCAAGCAGACGAAGGCUCUGAUCGAUAAGCUGCAAAAGCUGGUGUCGUCCGAGGGCAGGUUCAAGAACCUGAGGGAAGCACUGAAAAAUUGUGACCCCCCGUGUGUCCCCUACCUGGGAAUGUACCUGACCGACCUGGCAUUCAUUGAGGAGGGGACCCCCAAUUACACUGAGGAUGGGCUGCCGCUGUGCUUUAUCUCCUGACAGAUUUCCCACAUCCUACGAGAGAUCCGCCAGUUCCAGCAAACCUCCUACAAGAUCGAGCACCAGCCCAAGGUGACGCAGUACCUGCUGGACCAGUCGUGUGUGAUGGAUGAGGAAACCCUUUACGAAGCUUCUCUGCGAAUCGAGCCCAAACUGCCUUCGUGA